UUUUUUUUUUUUAUUAUAACAAUGACCAUUCAUGUUCUUAUCAUUGGUGCUGGUGCAAUAGGUACAUGUACUGCUUAUUAUCUAUCACAACGAGAAGAUAUUCAGAUUACUGUUGUUGAAAGAUGUAAAGUUGCCUCUGCUAGUAGUGGAAAAGCUGGUGGUUUCUUAUGGAGUGAAGGUGAUGGAAUAUUAUCUCUGAAAUCUUACAAUUUACACAAAGAACUAGCUGAAGCAUUGGAUGGUGAAAAGUUUUAUGGAUACCGAACAUUGGAUACAUAUUCUGUUACUAUGACAAGUCAAGAGAAUGAAAAGGAUGCCAAACAAGUUAAAAAGAAAGUCAACGAUAAUGUUCCCUGGUUAAACCAAGAACGUGUUACUACCUGCGACGAACUAGGCAAUAAAAAUGAAACUGCACAAGUUCAUCCCAAGUUAUUCACCAUUACUCUUAUGACAGCAGCAGAAGCAACAGGCAACGUGAAAUUGAUUUGUGGAAAUGGUGUCAAAGAACUACUAUAUGAUGAUUAUGAUUCUGAACUCAUUAGAGGCGUUUUACUUGAUAAUGGUGACAAGAUAUUAGCGGAUCAUGUGGUGGCAUGUGUAGGACCGUGGGCAGAAAUGUUUCCUAUUAAAUUGAAUUCUUCUUCCAUGAUGAAUGAUGCUAUUCUUCGACAACAUCACAACAAAAAUAACAACCGUGGUUUACCUAUCACAUCAGCAAGGGCACAUUCUAUCGUCAUACGUGUUCCAAGAACAAGUCCUAUUGGAGCUCAAGCUUUAUUUACUUGUAUUCUGGAUGGAUCAAAGAUGUAUGAACCGGAAGUGUAUCCUCGACCAGAUCAUACAGUAUAUAUGUGUGGCAUACAAGAUCGAACGGUUCCUCUUCCUCCAACAGCAGAUCUUGUCAAAGUGGAUCCAAAGGCAAUUGACCGACUCAAAUAUACAGCUGGUUUAAUAUCCCCUCAUCUUGAUACAAGAGAACAAAACUUAUUGGCGGAACAAGCUUGUUAUUUACCAAUAUCUCUAGAUGGAUCUCCGUUGGUUGGCAAACAUCCUAAUUACAAAAACCUUUAUAUAUCUGGUGGUCAUAGCGUAUGGGGUAUAUUACUAUCUCCGGUAUCCGGCUUGAUGAUGACUGAACUAUUAAUGGAUGGUAAGAUUACCUGCGUUCCUCAGGAUUUAGUGAAGAAAUUAUCUUUGGAUUCUAGGUUAGAUUGAUUUAUAUGCAUAUUUGAAAUAAAAAGGAUUAGUUAUAUAUUAAAACAGUUUUUUUGUAGUAUCUUGUAAAUUCCCUUUUUGGAAUAGUAUCAGCUGCGGCCCAAUUUCACAUCUUUUUAUUGGAUAAUUUCAAACAACAAGAGAUCCUUUUUUGUCUCUUUUCAUACCUUUUUCUUUUUUUCUUUUUAUUU